ACAACUGGCAUCAUCUCCAGCAUCAACUUUCAUCAUCCUCUCCAGUAGUGUUUUUAUCACAGCAGGACUUGGAUAAUCAGCAAAAAUGAAAUUGGCCAUCCUGUGCCUCUGCUUGGCUAGCACAGCCUCAGCUGCACCUUCCUUCUUUCAUUACCUGCCUCAUUAUGCAGGUUCCAGACAACAGGUACCACCCUCACAGGUGAAAAAUCCCUUCACAGCUGGUCAGGCUCUACCACAACCUGCCUUACCUGCAUUACCUGGUGCUUACAGUGUGGAGCUGAUUUAUCCCCACAGAGCAAACCCUGCACAGCCCUUUUCCUCCCAUGGUUUCAUCAAAUACUCCAUUCCUCAGCCACCAGGCAGACAGAGUGUGGAAGUCUACUACCCCUAUGACUUCUCCCAGCAAACGAUAAUGACAAAUAUUCCUCCUAUGACAAAUGUCCCUCACAUAACAAAUGUGCUCCCAUUUGAUUAUCCACCUCAAAAUAUUCCCCAACAAAUCCCAAAUAUUCCCUCAUUUGAUGCCAAUCCUCUUCCAUCCCAGGAUCCCAUGCAACCGCUCCAACAGGAUCAGCCCACACAGACAAGCCAGAUGCCGGCGAAGGUGUAAAGUGAAUGGAAGGCAUGAAAAAGAGGCAACAAUAUUUCUUCCUCCUUAACAUUCAGGCAUCUGCAAAUGAAACAAAGGACGUGAAUACUAAUUCAAAUUUAAUCUGUUUCUGCAACACAUGUGCUCGCUAAAGUUAAAACAAAAUGCUAAGAUGAUCAUAAAAUAAACUUUUAUUUCUAAGAAUACUGUUACAUUAGUAAACUAAAUUAUGAUACCUGCAUAGAAUGAAAAUAAUUUUGUGCUUUACUUUAUAGUCUUCAUAGAUUUCCAAUAUUAUUGUGUUAAUGAAGCACUAUGUAAUGCUGCAUUUCCACAGUAUAUAACAGAUGUACUGCAUAUGUUUAUUAACUCAUUUUAACUUUUCCUUAAAUGUAA